CCAAGUUGUUCUUCAAUUCGCACAUAAAACUUGAGAAAUGUUGAAACUAGAGACCAAGUUUGGGAUUAUCUUCUCUGGAAUAUUAUCCAUGGGCUUCGCCAUCAUUUAUUUGUUGCUAAAGGAUGGAUUUUACUGGCGAGCUGGUUUGUUCGAUCUGCGAAUCCAUACUUCUAGUCUUCAAAUACUAGCUAGCAUUGUCCUAAUUAUAGGGGCUAUCAGGCAAAAUUAUAACCUUCUGGUGCCAUGGAUGUUCACCACAGCACUGUUUUUAUAUUUAAUGGUUUAUUUGACCAUUGUUACCCUUAUCAGGACCCAAGAUUGUGCCUUUCUGCCUCUGGUGGUGCCAUUUUCAGCCUAUCUCUGCUGUGCUCUUGUGUCAGUUCGAAAGGCUUUCGACAGGAUGCGAAAUGACGAUCCGCCGGCUUACGCCAACUUAUUGGAUAAAAAAGUGUUCAUUAGUCACAUCUAGGGAUCAUAUAUAUUACUAUAUAUUGUAUAUAGCUCUGUAAAUGUGGCUUAUCCGAAUAAAUACCUCGCCAAUAGAUGAA